AUGUUCCUGGGGGGGAACAGCACCCAGAUGCCAGACACGUGUGUGGAAAAGUACAUGUGUGGGACCCACGCCCCUUUGUGGCUCACUGCUCCUCACCCCCAGCUGGGAGACAGGGUGGUGGAGCGCGUUCCUUCCACCACCACCACCCCUCCUUCCACCACCACCACCCCUCCUUCCACCACCACCCUGGUACCCACCACCCCCUCAUCAGCAGAGGGGGACUUACGUCUGGCUGGGGGGAACACUUCCUGCUCCGGCAGAGUGGAGAUCUACCACCAGGACCAGUGGGGGACGGUGUGUGAUGACGGCUGGGACCUGCAGGAUGCCCAGGUGGUGUGUAGACAGCUGGGCUGUGGCCGCGCCCUGUCUGCUCCGAUGUAUGCUAGCUUCGGCCAGGGCAGCGGGCCCAUCUGGCUGGACGAUGUCAGGUGUUCGGGGUCAGAGUCCUCCCUGGCAGAGUGCAGCCACCUGCCCUUCGGCUUACACAACUGUGGACACCAUGAAGAUGCCGGGGUCGUCUGUGAAGCUGUCGACCCUCUGAGAUUGAUCAACGGUUACCCUGACAACCCUGCCUGCUCCGGCAGAGUGGAGAUCUACCACCAGGACCAGUGGGGGACGGUGUGUGAUGACGGCUGGGACCUGCAGGAUGCCCAGGUGGUGUGUAGUCAGCUGGGCUGUGGCCGCGCCCUGUCUGCUCCAUCAUAUGGCUAUUUCGGCCAGGGCAGCGGGCCUAUCUGGCUGGACGACGUCAGGUGUUCGGGGUCAGAGUCCUCCCUGGCAAACUGCAGCCACCUGCCCUUCGGCUCACACAACUGUGUACACGGUGAAGAUGCCGGGGUCGUCUGUGAGGUUGGUCAAGGAAACUCCACCACCAAAACCACCCCUCCUUCCACCACCACCACCCUUCCCUCCACCACCACCACCCUUCUCUCCACCACCACCACCCUUCCCUCCACCACUCCCUCUCCUGUGGUGUUCCUGUGUGGGGGCACACCUUGCCCAGCAGGCCAGGACUGUAUCAGUGUCAACGGUACUCUUCGCUGUGCUGACCCCUGUAGCCAGUACUCAGUUCUGGACGAUGCCUGGCGUUCAACGGACUUCAGAAACGAUGGUAACCUGCACUGUGACCAGCAUAUCAGUUGGCAGGGAUGGUAUCGCUUGUUCCUGGGGGGGAACAGCACCCAGAUGCCAGAGACGUGUGUGGAAGAGAACAUGUGUGGGACCCACGCUGCUUUGUGGAUGACCACCCCUCACCCCCAGCUGAGAGACGGCGUGGUGGAACGGGGAACCUGUGGGAAAUGGUCCUGGGGCGCUGGCAACGGCAACUGCUGUGCAUUUAGGUCAAACCCCAUCCAUGUCAAAGCCUGUCCUGGCAACUACUACGUCUACAAGUUUGUCACACCAAAUAAUUGUUGGUUGGCUUAUUGUGCAGUUGGUCAAGGAAACUCCACCACCACAACCACCCCUCCUUCCACCACCACCACCACCACCCUUCCCUCCACCACCACCACCCUUCUCUCCACCACCACCACCCUUCCCUCCACCACUCCCUCUCCUGUGGUGUUCCUGUGUGGGGGCACACCUUGCCCAGCAGGCCAGGACUGUAUCAGUGUCAACGGUACUCUUCGCUGUGCUGACCCCUGUAGCCAGUACUCAGUUCUGGACGAUGCCUGGCGUUCAACGGACUUCAGAAACGAUGGUAACCUGCACUGUGACCAGCAUAUCAGUUGGCAGGGAUGGUAUCGCUUGUUCCUGGGGGGGAACAGCACCCAGAUGCCAGAGACGUGUGUGGAAGAGAACAUGUGUGGGACCCACGCUGCUUUGUGGAUGACCACCCCUCACCCCCAGCUGAGAGACGGCGUGGUGGAACGGGGAACCUGUGGGAAAUGGUCCUGGGGCGCUGGCAACGGCAACUGCUGUGCAUUUAGGUCAAACCCCAUCCAUGUCAAAGCCUGUCCUGGCAACUACUACGUCUACAAGUUUGUCACACCAAAUAAUUGUUGGUUGGCUUAUUGUGCAGUUGGUCAAGGAAACUCCACUACCACAACCACCCCUCCUUCCACCACCACCACCCUUCCCUCCACCACCACCACCCUUCUCUCCACCACCACCACCCUUCCCUCCACCACUCCCUCUCCUGUGGUGUUCCUGUGUGGGGGCACACCUUGCCCAGCAGGCCAGGACUGUAUCAGUGUCAACGGUACUCUUCGCUGUGCUGACCCCUGUAGCCAGUACUCAGUUCUGGACGAUGCCUGGCGUUCAACGGACUUCAGAAACGAUGGUAACCUGCACUGUGACCAGCAUAUCAGUUGGCAGGGAUGGUAUCGCUUGUUCCUGGGGGGGAACAGCACCCAGAUGCCAGAGACGUGUGUGGAAGAGAACAUGUGUGGGACCCACGCUGCUUUGUGGAUGACCACCCCUCACCCCCAGCUGAGAGACGGCGUGGUGGAACGGGGAACCUGUGGGAAAUGGUCCUGGGGCGCCGGCAACGGCAACUGCUGUGCAUUUAGGUCAAACCCCAUCCAUGUCAAAGCCUGUCCUGGCAACUACUACGUCUACAAGUUUGUCACACCAAAUAAUUGUUGGUUGGCUUAUUGUGCAGUUGGUCAAGGAAACUCCACCACCACAACCACCCCUCCUUCCACCACCACCACCCUUCCCUCCACCACCACCACCCUUCUCUCCACCACCACCACCCUUCCCUCCACCACUCCCUCUCCUGUGGUGUUCCUGUGUGGGGGCACACCUUGCCCAGCAGGCCAGGACUGUAUCAGUGUCAACGGUACUCUUCGCUGUGCUGACCCCUGUAGCCAGUACUCAGUUCUGGACGAUGCCUGGCGUUCAACGGACUUCAGAAACGAUGGUAACCUGCACUGUGACCAGCAUAUCAGUUGGCAGGGAUGGUAUCGCUUGUUCCUGGGGGGGAACAGCACCCAGAUGCCAGAGACGUGUGUAGAAGAGAACAUGUGUGGGACCCACGCUGCUUUGUGGAUGACCACCCCUCACCCCCAGCUGAGAGACGGCGUGGUGGAACGGGGAACCUGUGGGAAAUGGUCCUGGGGCGCCGGCAACGGCAACUGCUGUGCAUUUAGGUCAAACCCCAUCCAUGUCAAAGCCUGUCCUGGCAACUACUACGUCUACAAGUUUGUCACACCAGUUGGUUGUUACUUGGCUUAUUGUGCAGUUGGUCAAGGAAACUCCACCACCACAACCACCCCUCCUUCCACCACCACCACCCUUCCCUCCACCACCACCACCCUUCUCUCCACCACCACCACCCUUCCCUCCACCACUCCCUCACCUGUGGUGUUCCUGUGUGGGGGCACACCUUGCCCAGCAGGCCAGGACUGUAUCAGUGUCAACGGUACUCUUCGCUGUGCUGACCCCUGUAGCCAGUACUCAGUUCUGGACGAUGCCUGGCGUUCAACGGACUUCAGAAACGAUGGUAACCUGCACUGUGACCAGCAUAUCAGUUGGCAGGGAUGGUAUCGCUUGUUCCUGGGGGGGAACAGCACCCAGAUGCCAGAGACGUGUGUGGAAGAGAACAUGUGUGGGACCCACGCUGCUUUGUGGAUGACCACCCCUCACCCCCAGCUGAGAGACGGCGUGGUGGAACGGGGAACCUGUGGGAAAUGGUCCUGGGGCGCUGGCAACGGCAACUGCUGUGCAUUUAGGUCAAACCCCAUCCAUGUCAAAGCCUGUCCUGGCAACUACUACGUCUACAAGUUUGUCACACCAAAUAAUUGUUGGUUGGCUUAUUGUGCAGUUGGUCAAGGAAACUCCACCACCACAACCACCCCUCCUUCCACUACCACCAUCACCCUUCCCUCCACCACCACCACCCUUCCCUCCACCACUCCCCCUCCUGUGGUGUUCCUGUGUGGGGGCACACCUUGCCCAGCAGGCCAGGACUGUAUCAGUGUCAACGGUACUCUUCGCUGUGCUGACCCCUGUAGCCAGUACUCAGUUCUGGACGAUGCCUGGCGUUCAACGGACUUCAGAAACAAUGGUAACCUGCACUGUGACCAGCAUAUCAAUUGGCAGGGAUGGUAUCGCUUGUUCCUGGGGGGGAACAGCACCCAGAUGCCCGAGACGUGUGUGGAAGAGAACAUGUGUGGGACCCACGCUGCUUUGUGGAUGACCACCCCUCACCCCCAGCUGAGAGACGGCGUGGUGGAACGGGGAACCUGUGGGAAAUGGUCCUGGGGCGCUGGCAACGGCAACUGCUGUGCAUUUAGGUCAAACCCCAUCCAUGUCAAAGCCUGUCCUGGCAACUACUACGUCUACAAGUUUGUCACACCAGUUGGUUGUUACUUGGCUUAUUGUGCAGUUGGUCAAGGAAACUCCACCACCACAACCACCCCUCCUUCCACCACCACCACCCUUCCCUCCACCACCACCACCCUUCUCUCCACCACCACCACCCUUCCCUCCACCACUCCCUCUCCUGUGGUGUUCCUGUGUGGGGGCACACCUUGCCCAGCAGGCCAGGACUGUAUCAGUGUCAACGGUACUCUUCGCUGUGCUGACCCCUGUAGCCAGUACUCAGUUCUGGACGAUGCCUGGCGUUCAACGGACUUCAGAAACGAUGGUAACCUGCACUGUGACCAGCAUAUCAGUUGGCAGGGAUGGUAUCGCUUGUUCCUGGGGGGGAACAGCACCCAGAUGCCAGAGACGUGUGUGGAAGAGAACAUGUGUGGGACCCACGCUGCUUUGUGGAUGACCACCCCUCACCCCCAGCUGAGAGACGGCGUGGUGGAACGGGGAACCUGUGGGAAAUGGUCCUGGGGCGCUGGCAACGGCAACUGCUGUGCAUUUAGGUCAAACCCCAUCCAUGUCAAAGCCUGUCCUGGCAACUACUACGUCUACAAGUUUGUCACACCAAAUAAUUGUUGGUUGGCUUAUUGUGCAGUUGGUCAAGGAAACUCCACCACCACAACCACCCCUCCUUCCACCACCACCACCCUUCCCUCCACCACCACCACCCUUCUCUCCACCACCACCACCCUUCCCUCCACCACUCCCUCUCCUGUGGUGUUCCUGUGUGGGGGCACACCUUGCCCAGCAGGCCAGGACUGUAUCAGUGUCAACGGUACUCUUCGCUGUGCUGACCCCUGUAGCCAGUACUCAGUUCUGGACGAUGCCUGGCGUUCAACGGACUUCAGAAACGAUGGUAACCUGCACUGUGACCAGCAUAUCAGUUGGCAGGGAUGGUAUCGCUUGUUCCUGGGGGGGAACAGCACCCAGAUGCCAGAGACGUGUGUGGAAGAGAACAUGUGUGGGACCCACGCUGCUUUGUGGAUGACCACCCCUCACCCCCAGCUGAGAGACGGCGUGGUGGAACGGGGAACCUGUGGGAAAUGGUCCUGGGGCGCUGGCAACGGCAACUGCUGUGCAUUUAGGUCAAACCCCAUCCAUGUCAAAGCCUGUCCUGGCAACUACUACGUCUACAAGUUUGUCCAACCAGUCGGUUGUUACUUGGCUUAUUGUGCAGUUGGUUGGGGGAACUCCACCACCACCACCACCCUUCCUCCAACCACUACUGCCACCUCCAGACCAACAACUACAACCAUCACCAUCACCCCAGAGCUGGUGUGUGGGAGGAGCUACCUUGACGUGGGUCUCCUCAAGUCUCAGCUAGCGGCCAAACAUAUGGACUCCUCCUCUGCUCACCUGGCCGACCCCCGCUGCUCCUCCCAGGAGCGUAACGGGACAGUGUGGUUCCAGGUGGAGCGCAGGGAGGGCAGCUGUGGAACCACUCUGACCACCAACGGCAGCCACGCCAUCUACUCCAACAGUCUGUUUGUCUACCCGUUCAGUGAAAACUUGGUUCAACCCCUGAGGAUCCCUUUCUCCUGCUCCUAUCCUCUGGAGACAGAAGCCAGCCUGGAUGUGGCCAUCAAACCAUACCUGGAACUUGAAGGUGCGGUGAAAGAUGAGGGUGCCAAGGCCAGGACUUCCAUGUCUCUGUUCCGUGAUGCCAACUACACAGCUCCUUACCCAGCAGGCCGUGUCACUCUGCCCCUGGGCUCUGCCCUGCAUGUGGGCGUGUCGGUUGAAGAGACGGACGCUGGCAUCUUUGUGGUCGUUUUGGAGGACUGCUACACCACCCACUCCCCUGAUCCCGAUGACCUCCUGAAACACUUCCUCAUCCAGCACAGGUGUUCUACCAACCGUCACCAGGUGACCGUGGACGAGAAUGGCUUGUCCCUCCAGGCUCGCUUCUCUGCGCUGCUGUUCCUGUUCCAGGGGGACUACAGGGAUGUCUACCUGCACUGCAGCCUCAACCUGUGUGAUCAGAGGAACUCCUCCUGCUCUCCUAUGUGUUCAAGAAGGUUUGUCCGCUCUGUCGACGAACUCGUACCCCUCAAACCAGUCUCAGUCGGACCAAUCACCUGGGGCCAGAGUCUGGAGUGAGCUGAUGAAGUCACACCUCCCUCAGAACGGCUUCAUGACCAUCCCUAUGGCAACCAGCUCAGGCUCUCUCAUGUCUCCUGUCUUUUGAAAUGUGUUAACCCUAGAAAUUAGGACAGAAAACCCUGCAUAUAAAUAACUAUAAGCUUUAAAUUGUGGGUUACUGUUUAUUUUUUUAUUUUUUUAUGAUGAUAUACAUUUAUUUUUAUGAAAUUAUACUUUUCAUACAAGGGAAUAGUGGGAACAUUGUUGAUAAGUAUUGCCUACUAAAUAAACAUACUACUUUUCCUUUAACUUCAUCACUUAUCUGGACCAAAAUCUGGUAUUUAUGUGUAAUAAUCAAGGCUUGAUGAAAUCUGACACUAAUAAAGAAGUAAAAAUUGC